UUUCGAGUCACAGUUUUGUAAUUGACAUAUUUUUUCUUGCUCAUUAAAUUCUAUUAAUUCGAUUUCAUAAUGGAAAUUCCAUCUUUUCAUAUUACACCAGAUAUGAGAAACUUAUUCAGUGAAUGUGUUAAAGAAGGAAGUUAUAAACUUUUCUACGACUUAUACAAGAGUGAGUUCGAAGAUCUAGCCGUACAUUUGAAAACUGUCAGACUACCGGAGGACACCGUACUCCACUACUGCGUAAGCAACUUCAUGGAAUGCGUGGAAUAUUUAAUUCAUACUGGCCGCGGAUACAACUAUUAUGGUCACGUUUUUAGCUUUUACAGGGAUGUUGACUGGGCAAUUUUAAAUGGAGAUUGGAGCAGAUUUUACUGGAAAUUUCGCGACUCCGUAGAUUAUGUUAUAAAGAAAGCAAGAGAGCAACGGAAAAUUCAAAUUUAUGUUGUUGAAGGAAGUGCACGUUAUUCUUCUUUCCGUAGCCGUGAUCGCAAAAAUCCCAAAGAAAAUUCUCCAGAAACUCGAGUCCAAAAACCAGUCCUGGAAGAUUUUGAGAAAAAAUCGCAAGAGCGGGAAAAUCGAAGACGAGAGCUUGAAGAGGAGCUGAGGAAACUGGAUCUAGAGGAAAAAGAGCAACUGGCUAUGAUUUCAAACUUCAAAAGCCCGGAGCCGGAACUUCAACCAAUUUCCCCGCCACCCUCAAUACAUGAUGACCUUAUAAAUGACAUGGAUGGCGGAAUGUUUGGUUCUGAAAAAACUGACGAUUCAAGUUUGGAAGACUUGCAGCUUCAUGUACAAGAAAUGGACAAGAAUACUAUGUUAACAGAAAAUUUCGAUCAAGAUCAAGAAGAACUGAAACUUUUUGUGCAAGAACUAGAGCAAAACGCUGCUGAAACAAUUAACAAUUCCUCUCACCAACUCGAAAAUGCUCUGAAAGCUGAAGAAAAUAUUGAAACUGAAAUCUCUGAAGAAGAAGCUAGCGACGAUGAAGAGGAAGACAAUUUCCACACAAUGCUCCAAGAACAAGCUGCACGUCACAAGGAAGAAAUGGAAAAAGUCAUGAAAAAACGGGCGGAGCAGAAGAAAAAGCUUGAGGAGCUAAACAGAAAAGUUAAUGCAAUAGUUUUUUACAAAUAACUUAAGUUAGGUAUUGUGUUCUUAAAUCCUCACAAUAAA